CAGGAGCUGGAUGACAUGAUGCUGCAAAGUCCGCUCACCUCCACGCCGUUUUCUGUCAAGGAUAUCCUGAAGCUGGAGCAGCAGCAGCGGCAGCAGAGGCAGUCCGGGUCCCUGGAGCUCCAGCUCCCGAUCCACACCCAGCAGCAGUUAGCCGGCUCUCCUCCCCAGCAGCAGCAGCAUUUCCAAACCCCGCCGUCCUGUAUGCUCGCCGGAGCCCGGGACAGUCCUUCCUUCUCGGACGGAGAGGACAACCUGGCCUACCUCAGCUCGCUGGCGGUGCGGGAAGAGGACCGAGGGGAGACCAGCUUGUCCCCGGACAUGUACGUCCACCCCGGCCUGCAGGGAGCCAAGCUGGAGGCCGCCGAGCUGGACGAGCAGGAAAACAAGAGCUGUGGUUUGGUGUCCCGGGAGGAGGCAUCGGAGGGCGGGCAGGGCGACUCGGAGCGGCCGGUGCAGAAGCAGAGGAGCCGGCGGAGACCCAGGGUGCUCUUCUCCCAGGCGCAGGUCUUCGAGCUGGAGCGGCGCUUCAAGCAGCAGCGCUACCUGUCCGCCCCGGAGCGGGAGCACCUGGCGACCACCCUCAAACUCACCUCGAACCAGGUGAAGAUCUGGUUCCAGAACCGCCGCUACAAGUGCAAGCGGCAGCGGCAGGACAAGUCUCUGGAGGCGGCGGGGCAACACCACCCUCCCCCGCCCCGGCGCGUCGCCGUGCCGGUGCUGGUCAGAGAUGGGAAGCCGUGUUUGGGCGGUGCGCAGAGCUACUCCGCUGCUGCCCCGUACGGAUCCAACCCGUACAGUUAUAACGGAUACCCAGCGGCAUAUACAUACAACAACCCCGCUUACAACACCAACUACAGCUGCACGUACACCAGCAUCCCUGCCCUUCCUCCGUCCAGCACCUCCAACGCCUUCAUGAACAUGAACUUGGGAAGUGUAAGCGGCUUCGGCGGCUCCCCACAGGCCCAAACACACCAAGGGACGGCGGUCACAUCCUGUCAGGGCUCCCUGCAGGGGAUCCGGGCCUGGUAG